AUGGCCGGCGGUCCAGAGGAUGGAAGCGUCAUUCCUUGCUAUGGUGGUCAUGUCGCAGCUGCGAUUUGGGGUGGUGUGAAGCGAGGUGUUUUGAGAUGUAUGAGUAGGAGAAAGAUGUGCACUACACUGGAUCAGUUGCGACAGUCGUUAUUACCAGAGACAUUAGCCCCUAUAGAUCAGAGCGGGCUAUCACAUCUUCCUGGUAUUAUGUAUCAGCACCUUGACUGGCCUUUGAUUUCAAUGUUCGUGGAGAGAUGGCAGCCAGAUACUAACAAUUUUCAUUUGCCGUUCGGUGAGAUGACGAUCAUGUUACAUGGUGUGUAUCAUAUCCUUGGGAUCUCUGUAGAUGGUACUAUGGUUUCUACUGUUAUGGACCCCUUACAGUUACGACAGUAUUGCUCGUUCAUGAUGGAUUUGCCUGUUGAGGAGUUACGUAAACCCACUUACGUGCCUAGUGGCGCGCUUUCUUCGAGGGUCCUCGAGACGACCUUCAAUGUUGAGAGGCCCCCUGAGAUUUCCAUGGUGGAAUUUAUGUGGAUUUUACUGGGUUCAUCACUCUUUGUGGACAAGAGUGGUAACAGACUUCAUCCCUCCCUCAUCCAUGAGCUUCAGCCUGUCGAUGCGUGGAUUUAUGAGUAUUUUCCAUGCUUUCGCCCUCAGCAGGGCACUCUGACCAGGGAGCCUGGACGUGUGCGUGCAUUGCUAUGGGAUGUUGGUUUGCCAUCGAAGACCUCAGAUCGGCUUUUUGCUUUCCGUGCUCAACUUGACGUGUUGACUGACAUUGAGGUUAACUGGCUGCCUUACGGACCUGACCCAGCCAGUGUUGUUCCUACGACUUUGUUAUCGGGAUUUAUACGGUACCGCAGCAUCAUCGAGCCGUACAUGCCCGAUCGAGUCUGGGUUGGUCGCUUCGUUGAGUUCACACAGCGUGCACUUGCCGAGUCGCAUGGGCCCAUGUCCCGUGAAACUAAGGCCAUGGCUGCACAGGCCCUUCGUGAUUGGAAUGAUAUGCGAGGGUUAUGA